CAGCCAGAAAAAGGAUAAAAUAGAGUGCAAUCGUGAGGUUAGUGGUACAGUUAGAGAAUUGGUACAGCAUCAGACUGAAGACCGAGGGUUGGUACACUUGGAGCCCUGACUUCGAGAAGAUUAAACAGAAGCAUUACGAGUCCGUAGCACCCUUCGCCCUGGUGACACUGUCCUCGGCAACUCGGUGGUGUCUACCAACUUAAUCAUUCAUUAAUUUCCAUAGUACAGUCGACCUUGAAUAACUACGAUGAAGUCUUUAACAAUUCUUGUCGUCGUCCUCGCGCUCGUUCUCCUCGUCGCUCGCGUCGAUGCUUCGAAGAAGAAAGGAAAACACGACAAACACGGAGGAAGGGGAGGAGGACCAGGAGGACGUUCACGACAUCAUCGCGGCCAUCCCCACGACCAUCAUCACGACCACCACGACCAUCGCCAUGACCACCAUGAUCACGGCCGUGACCACAGCCACGAUCACCACCAGCAUGAUGAUGGUCACAAACACCAUAGCUCAGGGUCGCAUGGUCACCAAACUGAGUAUGGUCAACACGAAGUUGGUUAUCGUCAUCGUCGUGACAUCAUCAACGGAACCGAAGAAAACGAUACGAUGACGACCUUAGAACCGGGGAGGUGUUCAAAAGUCGUGAGUGUUACUGUAACAUUUGCCCAGUCCUUUCAGAAAUCAAGAAAAGUGCCGAAAAUUGUCAGAUGUGGUUGGCUCCAUCUAGCCAAGUGUAAAGUUUACAAACUAGAGUAUGAGACUGCUUAUCGCACUGCUACACGAGUUCAGUAUGCAAUUGUCAGGAAAUGUUGUCCUGGUUUCAUGGAAGUCAAUCGUGUUUGCGAACCUAUUGGAGGGAGAACAACUCCAGCGCCCCCGACGACGCCUACGACCGCGGCACCGACUACAACCGCCAUGCAAAGUACUACCGAUGUCCCGGACGACUACAAGAUUAUGAUUGGUGAUAAGAUUCAAAAGAUCGUCUCAGCCGUCAUCAUCCUCGUUCUCAUCCUCUUCACGGGUUGCUGUAUCGGAGCCUGUCUGGUGUACAUCUGCAAAUGUUGCCACGGGAAAAAGGGCAGUUAUGUCUAGUCUCAACUUGAGCCUUAUGCACUGCUUCAAACCUUCAACAUAAGCAGAGUGGAAGCCUCAUAUUUAAACAUUCGAUGUGAAUUUGACGAGCGAACAUUUCUACGAAAUAUUCAACUCACGGAUUAUCUAUGAGUGACGAAAGUUUUUUUUUCGGUUUUCGGUUUUAAGAAUUCAUUUUAUGGCAUGACAUAAUUUGAGGUCUCGAAGGAGGAGAAAAUGUUUGUUUAUUUGAAAUGAAUUUGUUAAGAAUAAGAGUCAUCGAUAACGGAAAGGGACUGUUUUGUGAAAUGAUCAUAAUUAAUCCCAAUUAAAUGAUUGGCUGAAAUAUAUAACGUGACUAGAUACUUAUAAAUGCUAGCAGGAAAAAAACUAACGACAAAUAAUAAUGACUAUUUUUUUUUGACUGGUCACAGUUUGAAAUUAGUAUGUCUGAUAAAAAACACGGAUCCAUACCGCUAUGUAUAACUUUAAACUAUAUAUAAUAUUAAAUUUGCUCGGGCAUUAGAAUAACUAUCCACAAGUACAUUUCAAACAGUUCAGGUGUCCUCAGCUGUGCAUCUGAUCUGUUCCAAUGAUAUCUCGACUCGUGUGUAAUCCUUAGUAAUGCCAGAUGAUGUGUGAUUAUAUUGCUGUCAACUUCGGCAGCUAUAGUAUUGUUUAUAUCGCAGUCAGGCGGGUCUUCGACUGUAUUGUAUAUAAUGUUUGCAAAUACUUCAUAACCGUAUGAUUUUGUUUUCUAUGAACUAUUUUGAAAGUUUUGUAUAUAUAUAUAUACUUCUUAUAGCAAUAACAACAGUCUUAAUUUACCCAGGGUAUCCACUUGUAUAAGUUAUACAGCGGGCCCUGUAUAACAUACAUAGGUUAUUAUUACCCUUGGCAAGAAAGCAGGUUUCACUAAUCAUAUUCAUUGCUAUGACCUGGUCAUAUAUGUUAAUGUAUAUAUACGAUUUGUUCAAUGUACAUGUUUAAUAAAAAUUCAUGUAUUAAAAGUGUACAACAUUUUAAUAAGAA